AAGUCUUAAUACAAGCUUGAGAUCCUUGAAAAACAACAUAUGAAGCAGUGUUAAAGUAUUAUUUCUAUGAAAACGUGCAGCGAAGCUCUUCUGUGUGUGGUGUAACCAGAGCCCCUCCCCCAUCCCUGGUGUAACUGACGACAUAAAGGCAGCCGUUCUGUUGUCAUGUGACCGCGUGAAACAGGAAAUGGUGUGACUGAGAGAAACACUGCAAAUCCUCAUUUCUGUGUGUCAAGAUGCCACUAUCAAACAAUGAGAAAUCAGCUCGACACAGAGCGAAGGUGAAUGCUGAUCCUGUUGCCAGGGCUAGAUACCUUGCAAAAAGAAGAGAGAGCUAUCAACGAAGAAAGACAGAGGGAAAGACAAAACAUCCUGCAGUUGCCGAACUCUCUAAUGAAAGACAGGCAGAAUUGAGGAACAAAUGGAGACAGUACCAGAGAAGCCACAGACACAAGAUUCGUAGUUUACCUCUGCAAUCCGGCUCUCAGGAUGAGAUGAACUCUCAGUGGCUGGAGGAUUUCGCUCCGUACUCCCCCAGCAGUGAGCUUGACUCCAGCUCCGCGAAACAGGAGAGUCCCGUGAGCAACUACAGCUGGGUGAAACAGGAACCGGAGACUGAACUAAUCCAGUGGGGAAAUAUAAACUCAGUUCCAGCUGAUAAUUCUACAGAACAAGACAACACUGCGAACACAGGGAUACCCCCGAUCAUGGAGGGUUUACCCAGCGGUGUUAUGCUGACCAUCACCAAACUCCAGUGUCUGCUGGAGAGCAAACAGGAGAGGAUUGAAUCUUUGGAGAAACAGGUGCAGGACCUACAGGAGGAUCGCAAGUUCCUCCGCUCUCAGAUCGAGAACCUCACCGGCGCUCUCUCUACUCAAGUCUGUCGAGGGGUUUCAGAUGAAGCAACUGGAAAAAGUUAAAUGGUUCCUAUGAAAGUUUUCAAGUCAGUGCAUCGGGGCUAAUACCAGACCGACCAACUGUGUCACAACAUUCUUUCUCUACAACGACAUCAACCUGCAGACAGAGCUAACCGAACAAAUUGGAUGAAAAAUUUAGUUUUAGUAUGAAAUAAAUUAUCAGUUACACGUAAACCGUGCUGCGGAUAUUCUCUAUCGUAGCAACGUAACGUCUCAAUGGAAAAAACGCUGACGCUGCCAGAACACUCUCAAGCGCCCAAAGCUGAGCGGCUAGCGUUUUCAGCUGACACAUGGCCUUAGGGACAGAUUUACUAACAGCUUGGCCAGUGCAAACCCUCUAUUGGGGUUAAAAAGCUACCUAAACUACUUGUCAGGAUUUACUAAAGACAAGCAGUGAAAAAUGAACACUGAAAAGGAGUAGACAGUUAUUUUUGCAUCAUUAUGGAAAUGAUCCGGCUGCGUCUGUAUUCUUUAAUUUGCAUGUCGUCAGUAGAUCACGCGCAGAACUUUCCAUUCCCAUUGCCGCUUUUGUGGGUUUGCGCUUUCACGCUAAUUUGCCAUGUUAAGUAAAUCUGGCCCGUAAAUGGAUAGUUCACUUUGAAAAUAAUUUUUGAUAUGUUUUAGCUUACCUCAAGG